AAAACUUCAUGACAUAGCUGUACACAGUCGGAAAUUUCUGCCCUUGUCGUGUAAUUUUGCUGAUGGAACACAAUCUCGAUGUACACCCGCCCGGCAGACGAUCUCGCCCCACAUAUCCGGACGUCUUCCCUUCCCAUCCCACACCGUGCUUCCUGCAGCCGAACCCUCCCCUACGGAUUUCGUACGACCAUGAACAAAGCCUACUCGCAUUCACGAACACCUUGAUUAAUUCAUGUGGUGCGAGGGCAAGCCAUCUGCUCUUACUUUCAUAUAUUGACGCUCCACUCAUUCCUUUUAUUCAUGUUCCUCGCUCAUGUCAGCGGCUGCACUGCAACUCCGGGGAAGCCAAGUUGACAGGUCGUUUUACAGGGGUCAGCAGCGGUUCAGUCAAUCCCACCCAGUCAGAGAUGCUGCUCUCACCAACGUUCGUGGCUCUGAAUUAUUGGACUUCGCUACCACGCGAAUUUGGUUUCGGUAGGACCCAUAGCCAUCAGGCUGGCAUCCUUACCGACCAGGUCUGUUACCGCACAUCAGGACCAGGACCCGUUAUUGUCACCGUCGUGACAAGACAUUGUCAACUGAGGACCGAUGCGACGAUGUACGACAUUAAAGUCCAGAAGUACGUACUGUACACACAACCAAGGCAACUUGGGGUGUCGUUUCGGGACGAUCUCUUGAUGUCUGCCCACCGGCUGGAAUUGGAGUGGUGCUAAAAACGUUGAAAGGAAGUAGCCAAACAGUGGUUCGAUACCGUAUCUAGCGUCUCCAAGAUCAUUCCUUCUCCUCAAAUCGGAGGUUUUUCCUUCCACACAUUGCAGGAUCUCGAAUACGAAAAGUAGUGGCUCUCUUCACGUCGGACAGAUUGGUUAGCGAGCAACAUGGCACUGAGAUUGAAUGCCGCUGUUGUGGACCAGGAAUG